AAGUAGUCGCCCGGGGGACAAAAAUAUUCAACGGCCUUCAAUAUCUUAUUCCUACAACAAAGGAAUGCCAUUUACAUCCCUUCCUCUUCCUUUCAUACUUGAUUUCAUCUUCCAUUCUUUUAAUUCCUUUACAUUUUUAUUCUUUCAGCUUCGAUCAUUUCUGGGUUUUUUUUUGAUCGUCGGGUAUUAAUCAUUAGAUUAAAGACAGCAAUGAUCUCCCUGCAUUAGAAAUGAUACGGAAUUCCUUUUCGCCUGGUAUAUACGAACGAGUUUUGGAGUAUAGUGUCUUUGUAAAUACACCAUUAUGAAUACCAGUCCAAGAUAUAAUGUUAGAGGAAGUACUUUCGAAAUGUUGUCGAGUCCUACAUUCGAGGCUGACGUCUCAAAACGUUUGGCUCUGGUUGAGUGGAUAAACGCUUUAGUCCCUCAUUUCUAUUUGUCGGUAGGAGCUUCCGAUGAGGAGAUUAGAGCAUCCUUGCUUGAUGGGUGCAUAUUUAUUCAGAUAUUAUACAAGUUAAAAUACAUUUCUGUCGAUGAAGUUAGUAAGGUUGAUGAUUCUAGUCCCACCGUAGAGUCCAGACGAAGAAAAGUUCAGCGGUUUCUUACCAUCAUGUCUGAGAUCGGUUUGCCAAGUUUUCAGAUGUCAGACCUAGAGAAGGGAUCCAUGAAGCCUGUACUAGAUUGCCUUUUGGCUCUUAAAGAGCGCUCGAUGAUAAAUUUUGGUAGCUCAGUUUCGAAAGCAGCAGAUGAAAGGCGGAAAGCGUUGUCUGAUCCGAAAUACCAGCGAGCUUGUAGUCCCCUUUCACCUGAAUCACCUACUAAGCUACUCCAUAGUGGAAGUAAGUUUCAUGAAGUGUUUCAAAUGAAGCAAGGAUUCUACACUGAUCAACCUGCUACAAAGAUCUCGGAAAUGUUAAGAUCAAAUAGCUUAGAUAAUGCUCCGACUCAGUCGCUUCUUGGUGUUAUAAACGGAAUCCUGGAUGAAAGCAUAGAGAGAAAGAACGCUGAAAUACCUCAACGCAUAGCUUGCCUUUUGAGAAAGGUUGUGCAGGAGAUAGAACGAAGAAUUGCAACUCAAGCUGAUCAUUUGCGCACUCAAAGCAAUCUUUUUAAGGCACGCGAACAAAAAUAUCAGUCAAGACUUAAAGCGCUUGAAACUCUCGCCAAAGGGACUAGUGAUGAGAGUGAGAUCGUUAUGAACCAGCUUCAGAAUAUUAAGUCGGAGAUUUGGAAGAUUGAAGAGAAAAAAAGGUUCGAGCAGGAGGACAAUGCGAAGUUGAAAAAACAGAAGGAUGAAGAUAAUCUUGAGGUUUCAACACUAAAACAAGAGCUUGAAACGGCUAAAAAGAUGCAUGAAAUGCGUUACACGGAGUUGGAUACACAAUCUAAAAUGGUACAAUCGCUUUUAGAAAAGCGGCUAAAGGAACAAGAGAAACUUCUCGAAAAUUCAAAGGAUAAGGCAGAAGGACUUGCCGAGGUCACAACACUGCAACAGGAGCUGGAAAUGGCGAAAAAGAAGCAUGAACUUCGUAGUUUGCAGUUGGAAACUGAAGCUAAAGUGGUAAAAUCUGGCUUGGAAGAAAAGUUAAGGCAGCAAGAGAAGCUUCUUGAAGAUUCCAAGGGUAAGAUCAAAGAACUUGAGUUGAAUUCUAAGACAAUAAACCAGAGCUGGAUCAAGAAAGAGCGCAUCUUUGAAACGUUUUUGAAGAUUCAUCAGUCUGGUUUGGAGGAGCUUAGGCUUUCGUCAGAGGCCAUCAAGCUUGAAAUGUUGAAUACACAGAGGACCUAUCUCGAGGAAUUGAACCAUCUAGGUACAAAGCUCAAAAAAUUGGCAAAAGCUGCUCAAAGCUAUCACGAAGUUCUCAAUGAAAAUCGAAAAUUAUAUAACGAGCUUCAAGAUUUAAAAGGUAAUAUAAGAGUAUAUUGUCGUGUAAGGCCAUUCCGUCCAUGGGAGAAUCAAAAGCAAACAAUUGUACAGAACAUUGGGGAACAUGGAGAAAUUAUUGUUGCAAAUCCCGCCAAACCGAAGGAUGCUCCAAAGUCAUUCAGAUUCAAUAAAGUUUAUGGCUCUAUGGUUACUCAAGCUGAGGUUUUCUCGGAUACUCAACCAUUGAUUCGAACUAUUCUUGAUGGAUAUAAUGUUUGCAUUUUUGCUUAUGGUCAAACAGGUUCUGGGAAAACCUACACAAUGAGUGGACCGGAUAAUGCAUCUAAAGACGAUUGGGGGGUCAAUUAUCGUGCUUUAGAUGAUCUUUUCCAAAUAUCAGAAGAUAGAAAGAGUUUCUUUUCCUACGAUGUAGGUGUUCAGAUGAUCGAAAUAUACAACGAACAAAUCCGGGAUUUACUUUCAAAUGAUGGUUCACAAAAGAAACUUGGGAUUCUAGCCACUCCUCAAGUACAUGGACUUGCUGUACCUGAUGCAAGCAUGGUUUCGGUUCGAUGCACCGAAGAUGUUAUCGAAUUGAUGAACAUUGGACUAUCAAACCGAUCAGUCAGUGCUACUGCAAUGAAUGAAAGAAGUAGUCGCUCACACAGUGUUGUCACCGUUCAUGUUCAGGGAGUGGAUUUAAAAUCCGGAGCAACUUCACACGGUAGUCUGCAUUUGGUGGAUCUUGCUGGUAGUGAGCGAGUCGACAGGUCCGAAGUAGCAGGAGAUAGGUUGAAGGAGGCACAACAUAUCAACAAGUCACUAGCUGCGCUUGGUGAUGUCAUCUUUUCACUCGCUCAAAAGAACCCUCAUGUGCCGUACAGAAAUAGCAAGCUUACGCAAGUUCUUCAGGCCUCUCUAGGUGGUAAAGCAAAGACGCUUAUGUUUGUUCAGGUGAAUCCUGAUGUGGAAUCGUACACAGAAUCCUUAAGCACCCUAAAGUUUGCUGAAAGGGUGUCGGGUGUUGAGCUCGGUGCUGCACGGAGUAGUAAGGAAGGCAAGGAUGUCAAAGAACUAUUGGAUCAGGUGGCAUCUCUCAAAGAUACAAUCGCUAGAAAAGACGAGGAGAUAGAGCGAUUGCAGAACAAUCCAACAACCAAAAGCCCAAGUUUAAGGCGGAACUUAAGCUCCUUGAAAAAUGGACCUUCGUCACCAUCAGGAAAGUCCUCCAUAGAAACUAGUCCUCAACGGAGUCCUACAAUUUCUAAUAUAAGACGCACAGGAAAUCGUUCUAAAUCAGCUUCUGAUCAAGAUACAUUAUCAGAUUCUUCUGACCCUGUAUUCCAUGCCAUAGAAGAUGAUGAAAACGAAGGAUUACGAGUCUCAAGGUCCAUGACCGACUUAAAUGGUCCAAGGGACUCCGACAGUGAUCUCUCUGCAGCAACGGACACUGACACUGACGGAACUUCUGAAGCUAGCUUUUCACAUAAGACAACUAAAUCAUCAGAUGGUGGAGAUAAGAGUAGGACAACAAGGGCUUCUCCGUCUCACCCAUCAAGGUUAUCAACUGGGGCCUCUCGAUUGUCGCAAGUAAGGACCACCCUGAAAGCAGCGUCAGCUUUAAAGAAACCUGUUAGUGGGAGCUCUUCUCCAGUCACACCUGCUAGUGGCCGAAGACGAGUGUAGGUUUAGUUGAACACAAUUAGAUUUUACAUUACGGGGUGUUUGGUUUGAAGAAAAAUAUUUUUUUAUCAAUUCCAUGCGAAACAAGCAUCUGUUGUUGGUUCAGAAAAAAAAUUUCUUUUGAACCCAUUUUUUUCUUAGUCCAAUGGAAU